GAAGAAACAUCAUCGAUCAAAAUUUGUUUUCUUUUUUCUCUGAUUCUCUCCUUGAAAAGUUUUCAAUUCAGAGAGAAAAAAAAAACAAAAUGGCUCCAACGAUCAGAACCAUCGAAAGGUACAGAGGUCACCAGAAGUACUCUGUCGAUUUCUUUGGAGACGAUGUGGUCGUCACCGUAACCGAGACUCCCUUGGUCAUCAGGCGAUGGAUUCAAGACGUCAUCUUCUACCACCGUCGUUCUCGUUCUCGCUCUCGUCGCCCUCUCCUCGUUGGAGUCGGCGUCUACUGGACACCGGCAGGUUAUCACUCCGAUUCAGAUGAUUCUCCGCCGGCGAGUAAUUACUAUCCUCCAGCGGAGACUCUCCAGUUAUGCGUAGGUAAACGGUGUAUCAUCAUCCAGCUGUCUUACUGUAACCGUGUCCCCCUUGCCCUACGCAGAUUCCUCACGAAUCCACAGACGACUUUCGUCGGCGUUUGGAAUCCUCAAGAUGCGCGAAGGCUAGAACGGUCUCGACAUCAGCUGGAAAUUGGGAGGCUUCUGGACGUAAAGGACUAUGUCAGAGAUUCAGCAGGUAGGAGUCUGAGUCGUCGUUCGUUCGAGGAGAUUGUUGAGGAGUGUAUGGGUUAUCCAGGAGUGACGGUAGUUCAGGAGAUAAGCAUGAGUGAUUGGGGUGUUGAUUACCUUAGCCUUGAUCAGGUACUUCUGGCGUCAGUAGAUGCUUAUGUUUCUUUCAAGCUCGGUGUUCGGGCUCGUCUAUGGCAAGUUUGAAUAAAUGCAUCAAAGCUAUUAUGUUUCGAUUCCCUUUUUAAUCCUUCUUUGUUUGUUAGGCUGUGGGAAUAAAUUAAAGACACUAGUUACUGUUGUUUCUCGUUAAUUUUCUUCUUCCAUAUAUGAGUAGUAAGUAGUAGCUAA